UACGGAACGUGAAUAACGGUAGAUGCACUGCGAACAAAUAUUCGGCAUAGAGCAUAGAGCACAGAAAGAGUGGAUGGCAACGGGAUCGACAACGCAGAGGCGGAGGUGUAAUAAUUAGCACGAACAUCGUGUUGCGGCUUGGAAAACAAUUCAAAAUUUUCGAUAUUUCAAAAUAAACAAACGAUAUACAUCCAAUUAUUUACGGGAAAAUCAAGAAAACAGAGCACGCCACUUUGGGUGGCGAGAAACGGCGAGUAUCUGUUCUGCCACGGACGACAACAACAUCAAAGAUUGAUUGCAGGCCAUUACACGAACUGUACACAUAUUUAUGUGUCAUGGGCUGGAAAAUUGCAUGAAUGAGUGUCGGCGGACUGAAGCAAGAUUCCUUAUGGUCAACCAAUUAGUUUAUUUUGUAGGCCACAAAAGUGUAAACAAAUCAACAGUAUGGAAAAUGUGCGAUUCUCCAUCAUCGAGAAUGAUCUGAAAUGGCAGUCGGAGAGCGAGACGGCCGACAUGGACCUGCUGUUUGAUAAGCGCAGCAUUUCCAGUGAGGUCAACAGCGACGCCGUCUUCAGUAAUGAGGCACAUGAGAUUUUCGCACGUCAACAACAAAAUCAGAUUCUCUGGCAGCCCCAGGAGAUCGAGGAGACGAUGUGCGCGGUGCCCAAUGGCAGGCACAUAUUUGACGUGGUCAAAUCGGGCGGAUUUUUGGAACUAAUGAUCGAGCCAAGCGAUUGCAAUCUGGCGCUCUUAUGCUGUGCUCUCUAUGGCAACGUUGAGAAUGUUAUGUAUCUGCUGACCCACUACAAUGCGGAUCCAAACACCUCCGAUAGCCGCGGACGCACCCCGCUCCACUUUGCCUGCUGUCGGGCCAAUGCACCCAUUGCUAAGAUAAUGCUUGAUCGCGGAUCGGAUCCAAAUCGAUAUGAUAAUAAAAUGGAAGUGACGCCGCUACAUUGCGCAGCCAGCUCGAAGAGUGUUGAGUGUAUUUUGCUUUUACUGCGACGCAAGGCGAAUAUCAAUAUUGGCAUUAAUCGGCGAUCUGCACUGCAUUAUGCCAUUGACGGUAAUGCGGUGGACUGCGUUGAGAUUCUAUUAAAGUAUGGAGCCGAUCCCAACACACCGCAGGUUUACACUGAGACUCCGUUGCACACCGCCUGCGCAUCCGGGUUUUCCAAAUGUGCACAGCUGCUGCUGAAUCACAAUGCCGAUGUACGCUCCCAAUUCGGUGAAGGCAAAGUGACGGCACUGCAUUUGGCAGCGGAGAAUGACUAUGCGGAAUGCGUUCGUUUGCUGUUGGAGCAUCGCGCGGAUGUCAACUGUCGCAAUGCCAGCCAGCAGACGCCAUUGCAUUUGGCCUGCCUCUCCCAGUCGAUUAGCAGCGUGGAAAUUCUGCUAAAAUACGGAGCAAAUGUGAAUGCCAUUUAUCGGGACGGACGCACCGCUCUCCAUGCUGCCAUAGUGAAGCAGUCACGUUGUCUGGACUGUUGCAAUGCACUCCUCAAGGCAGGCGCUGAUGUCAACAAAUCGGAUGACUACGGCUAUACUCCACUCCACAUUGCAGCCCUCAAUGAAUUCAGCAGCUGUGUCUAUCUUUUCAUAGAAAAUGGUGCAGAUCUUACCGCCCGCACCGAUGGACACACUUCGGCUCUGACAUUCAUUGUGCGUCGCUGUCCAGAGAUUAUACCCAAACUAAUGCAAAAACUGGACAGCUCCAUUAAGGCGAAUGAUCACGAAAUUGGCGACGUCGAUUGCCAGAUUAAGUUGGACUUCAGACUGCUGGUGCCCAGCUCGUCGGCGGAGAAGGGCGAGGCUGAGCUGAUGCUGAGCCUCAUUGAGGUGGGCCAGAAGCGUAUACUGAUGCAUCCGUUGUGCGAGACCUUUCUAUUCCUCAAGUGGCGCCGCAUUCGCAAAUUCUUCCUCAUGAGCCUCGCCUACCACACCUUCUUCGUGAUGCUGUUCACGCUCUACGUGAUCGGUGUAUAUGUGCGCUUGUGCAAGGAGGGCAAGAAAUGUCAGGCACCAGGCUAUGUGAUGACUACGGGCUACUUUGUGCUUGUUCUAAAUAUUGUGCUGCUGGGCAAGGAACUCUUCCAAAUGGCGCACGGCCUGCAUGGCUAUGCCAAGUACUGGGAAAACUGGCUGCAAUGGUUAAUCGUCUUCGGUGUGCUCCUAUGUGUGACGCCGGAAGUAUUGUGGACGGGUAAUCUGUUGACGGUGCCAAUGUGGCAGCAUCAUGUGGCUGCUGUUGUCAUUCUGCUGGUGUGGCUGGAGCUGAUGAUGCUGGUUGGCCGCUUUCCCAUUUUCGGAGUGUAUGUGCAAAUGUUUACCAAGGUGGCUGUUAACUUUGGCAAAUUCCUAUUGGCCUACAUCUGUUUGCUGAUUGCAUUUGGUUUGAGUUUUGCUGUGCUCUUCAAUGACUACCCCGCCUUUCAGAAUAUUACGUGGUCUGUGCUAAAAUCGUUUACCAUGAUGUCUGGGGAGCUGGAAUUCGAGGAUAUCUUUUAUGGCGAUUAUGCGGUUAAGUUUCCCGUUACGUCUCACAUUAUUUUUCUAGCCUUUGUGCUAUUGGUUACAGUGAUAUUGACCAACCUGAUGCUGGGCCUGGCCGUCAGCGACAUCCAGGGCCUGCAGGUAUCCGCCACGCUGGAUCGUCUGGUACGACAGGCAGAGUUGAUAUCACGUUUGGAGAGUCUCUUCUUCUCCCGCCUGCUGCGCAAUGCGCCCCUCGUCCAUUACUGCAAGCGCAAAGCUCUGCUACGCACCUCGCGCGACAUGCUGCAAUUCACCGUGCGUCCCAAUGAUCCACGGGAUCGCUCCCAGCUGCCCGAGGACAUUAAGCUGAACAUCUACAAGCUGGUGGCGGAGAGGCGUGAUCGCAAUAUGAGCAUGCGACGUCGCCAAUUCGAGAAGAACUAUCACAUGUUCAGUCGAAGUCUGCAGCGUCAGCUGCCGAAUCCGACGGAAUCCAAGACGCAGCCCAACCAACAAAAUCAGCAACAGCAGCCGCAGCCCACAUACACAACGCAGACGCAACAUUUCCAAAUGAAUGAGCUUCUGCGUCCGCGUUCGGCAACAAAUGUGCCACAACAGUUGCGUCAAGAGCAGGAACUGAAACAGCAGGCGAACGAUUGGCGUAUUGAGCUGCAAGUGCUUAGAGAGCAAGUAGAUCAGCUCACUGCCAAGCUGGAUAAAUUCUCGGAGAAUGCGAUGCGAAAGCUGAACUACACCGCCACCGAGCUGUGCCGCAUGAGGCAACAGCAAACGCCGACGUCAGCAUCUACUACAGGCACACUGCGUAAUCAUCGUUGAUAUAUACUUAACUAUAUACAUACAUAAUAUACGUAAAUACAUACAUAUAUACCUGCAAACAAACUCAUGUAUUAAUUAUAGUGUGUU